CGUUUCAAAUUCAACACACACACACCACCACUAUUAAUCAACUUCCCUAUCUCUCUUUAAACAAUGUCGUCUUCUUCACUUCUCAUUAUUCUUCUCUUUCUCCUAUCGAUCUCAUCAUCGUCCUCAGCUCAAACCUACAACAUCCUCUCUUACGGAGCCAAACCCGACGGCAAAACCGACUCCACAAAGGCCUUAACCGCCGCGUGGGCAAAAGCCUGCGCCUCGGUCAAGCCGGUCACCAUAUUGGUACCUAAAGGACGGUUUUUGCUAAGCAGCAUUGUUUUUGACGGUGCCAAGUGUAAACGCAAGUCCGUCACGGUCCGUAUCCAAGGCACACUUGUGGCUCCAUCGGAUUAUCGAGUCAUCGGUAGUAAAGACUAUUGGAUUCUCUUCGAGCAUCUAGACGGCAUCUCUGUCUACGGCGGGGUUCUUGACGCUCAGGGAACUUCUCUGUGGUCUUGCAAGAAAUCCGGCAAGAAUUGCCCUAGUGGCGCCACGAGCAUAGGGUUUCAGAACUCAAUCAACGUGGUGAUCUCCGGGCUGACGUCACUUAACAGUCAGAUGUUCCACGUCGCGAUUAACGGGUGCCGUAACGUAAAGGUGGAAGGAGUCAAGGUUUUUGCUGACGGAAACAGUCCAAACACUGACGGCAUCCACGUGCAGUCAUCUUCCACCGUCUCCAUCCUCAACUCCAAAAUCUCUACCGGCGAUGAUUGUGUCUCCAUCGGUCCAGGCACUAGCGGACUCUGGAUUGAAAACGUCGCUUGUGGCCCUGGCCAUGGGAUCAGCAUUGGGAGUUUGGGAAAAGAAAGUGUGGAGGCAGGUGUACAAAACAUAACAGUGCAAACGGUGACGUUUACGGGAACAGAGAAUGGAGUGAGAAUAAAGUCAUGGGCCAGGCCCAGUAAUGGAUUCGCUAAGAACAUCCGUUUCCAACAUUGCCUCAUGACCAACGUACAAAACCCAAUCGUCAUCGACCAACACUAUUGUCCCGGCAACGAAAACUGCCCUAACCAGGUUUCUGGGAUAAAAAUAAGCGAUGUAACGUUCAUGGAUAUACACGGGACGUCGGCGACGGAAGUAGGAGUGAAGUUGGACUGUAGCUCAAAGAAGCCGUGCACCGGGAUCCGAAUUCAAGAUGUGAAGUUGACGUACCAGAAUAAACCGGCUAUGGCAGAUUGUAGCCAUGCCGGAGGGAGUGAGGCAGGCUUUCAACUCCCCAACACUUGUCUGUGACCUUAAAAAUCAAAAAUGUAUUGGUAAAUCCUUCUUUUAGCUGUGAAAAUGUAAGUGACGUCGUCUUAUUUGUAAUACAGUCUUUUCGUGUAAUAUCAAUUGUCAGACCAUCAAGAGACUAGUGGUUCAAUAUGAUGAGUUUGAAAUGAUGUGUUAGA